ACAAAUAAACUUAGUGUCUCACUAUUCUUUUUCGCAAUGUCGUACUUAUGCUUAGGCCCUAUAAGUGCGGGAAAAACCCUGUUGUUGACGUGUUUGCAGAAUCCUGAAUCGGUCAACUUUACGUCCCAUUCAGUGCCCAGUGUGGGUACCAAUUUGUUCACUAUUAAAAUUCCUCCUGUGGUUAUCGAUGAGAAGGAAAUCAACGUAAAACCACCACCGCCACCUCGCAAACGCGAUCUUGUGCAGGUUCGAGAAGUUGGCGGAUGUUUGGCGCCAAUUUGGCGAGACUACUUGAAUAGACCUGUGGAUAAAAUAAUCUACGUUGUGGACACAUCUAAUCUUUGCCAAAUCUCCGCUGCUGGUGUUUUACUGUAUUCCAUGCUUGCCGAGCCAAGGUUACAGAAGGCGAAAUUUCUAUUGGUUCUCUCGAAGAUGGAUCUCGCGUAUCGUCAAAUGAGAAACGAAGCUCUUCUAAUGUUGCAAAUGGAAAAGUUCCGAAAACAGAUUGCUCAAGAGAUCACCAUCGUGCAGUUCAGUGCCAUUAAUAAGGAAGGAAUAGAUGAAAUCUAUGAAUGGUUAGCCACCUAGGCCCAGAAUUGUGAUUUCUUUCCCAGAACAAGAAAACUGGCUAAACAAAUACAUUUUCUUUAUUUAAAAUACGUG